AUGCGAAAACAAAAUAGAAAAAAUGAAAAUAAUAAUAAACAAAUAACUGAAGAUCGUUGUUUACAACGAUGUCUUGAGGUUUCAAUGCAAGUCAUUCGUCAAAUCAAUGAUUUAUGGGAACCACUUCAACGAUUAGCACCAUUAUUUAACUUAAAUGCAAAAGCAGAUUUUCUUGUUGGUAUUAAAUGUCUUGAAACAGCAAUAUAUGGUGCAUGUAAACGUAUUGAAAUAUUUUCUUUAUCAUUACUUAAAAAUACUGAUAAUAAUAAUGAUAAUGAAUCACAAACAAAAAAAUCAUCAAGCAGUUAUCAAGAAGAAGCAAAUAUGUACUUUCAAAAAGCACAAAAAUCUAUUCAAAUUAUAUUAAAUAUAGCUGAAUCUCGAAUUGAAUAG